AUGAUCGAAUCAUCCUCCGAUAACAGCCUGACCGCUUCCCCAACAAUCAGCACACCAGCGGAACAAACUAUCAAGCCUAACGGCGAUGUCGAAAAGGGAGCUGAUAGUAAAUCUCCAGCUCCUCCUACCAUGCCUGAAGGAGGUCUUCAAGCAUGGCUAUGUGUUCUGGGUGCUUGGCUGACUAUGUUUGCCACCUUCGGAUAUGCCAACUCUUUUGGGGUUUUUCAGGCGUACUACAUUGUCAAGUACCCGAAUGUCACCGCGUCUGACAUCUCUUGGGUUGGAUCUGUCCAACUGUUCCUUCAGUUCGCUUUGGGAGCCUUUACAGGUCCUCUAUACGACAAAGGUUACUUUUAUCACCUGAUGUAUUCUGGGGCAGUCCUCUAUAUCGUUUGCAUCUUCAUGACUUCGCUCUGCAAAGAGUUCUGGCAAACUGUCUUGGCCCAAGCCUUAGGGUUAGGCAUAGGCAUCGGUUUAAUGCUUUUACCAGCAUUCUCAGUUUUGUCUCACUAUUUCAUGAAGAAACGUGCUAUUGCUAUGGGAAUAGCUGUUACUGGAUCUUCAACUGGAGCAAUCUGUUUACCAAUCAUGUUGAACAAUCUAUUCAAAAGCCAUGGAUUUGAGAAAGCUGUUCAAUACACAGGAUAUCUCCUUUUGGGCUGUCUGAUACUCGCCUGUGCGCUACUCCGUACAAGAUUACCUGUGAAGAAGGGUGGACCACCUAAGCCAACUCCCAAGGAGCUUUUUUCUAGUGUGCCUUAUACUUUGGUUGUAGCGGGGCUGUUUUGCGUGACCUGGGGUCAAUUUUUCCCGGUAUACUAUAUUCAAAUCUACGGAGAGGACCAUGGCAUCUCAUCAAAUUUGACUCAAUAUACAAUCGCGAUUUUAAAUGCCGCUUCGAUUUUCGGACGUACCUUACCAAACUUUUUCGCUGACAAAGUUGGCUCCUUGAACGUCAUCACCCUAUGCUCUUUCUUCACUGGAGUGCUCGUCUUUGCUAUUUUUGGCGCAGGAUCCCCUGGAGGUUUGAUUGUUGUUGCCAUCCUAUAUGGGUUCUUCUCUGGAGCUUACGUUUCUUUAAUGACCCCUGCCGCUAUGACGUUUGCCAAAGGGUUUAAUGAGCUUGGAAGUAGAGUAGGGUGGGGAAUGUUGGUGAUGUCGCUAGCUGCGUUAAGCGGAAGUCCAAUUCAAGGUGCUCUGCUCGAUCGCUACGGGUUUUACGCUCCUACGAUCUGGUCGGGUGUCUGUGUAUUGAUGGGCUCAGCACUGCUGGCUGUCGCGACAAGGAUGCACGCCAGGGACAAAAGAACUUGGAAAGUGUAG